AACACACCGGAGUUUUCUCCUCCGGUGUUUUCAAGUUGCUUCGCCGGAGGAACGAUGACCGGACGCCGCCUGGCAGCUGCGGAGCGGCGGCCCCGGUGCCCGGUGUGACCCGGCGGACUCACCGGAGGGGAAGUAGAUCCUGGAGGGUCUCUGGAAUAAAGUGGACGAGUGGUCCCGAAGUCCAGAAACAAAGACGAGACGGGAUGCGAGAGAGGGGGGGGGGCUGUGCAGAGUCGGCAAAUAGAAACUAGGCAGAGCGAGAAGAGGAGCGCCAAGGAGGAGAUUCUCGGGGAAUAAAUAAAUAAAAAGACUUGUUUGGAGGAAAGACAAGCUAGAUGAAAAGAUGAAGCCGAUUAAGAAGCAGGGCCGCCGCUCGCCGCCCUCCACCCGGGCCAAGGGGGGCAAGCGCCGCGGAGCGGGGGAGGCCCCAGAAGGAGGAGAACGAGAGAGGAGAGACUCGGACGAGAACAGAGACAGAAGCAGAUCCCCACAAAACCAAACUCCCUCCACUUGUUUCUCUUCUAACUCGCACUCAGAGUCCUCUCAGGCCGAGCCAAUCAGAGAGCGGGACACGGCGGAGGGGGAGGGGCUUCACAGAGAGGGCGCGUCAGAGACGACGGCAUCGCUCGUCAUGGACUCGGAGAAAUCGCUGACACACUCGGACGAUCGGUCGGUGCGGUCGGCUGUGAGCGGCAGCAGCCACAGUGACAGUGGAGCUAGCAGCUGCAGUAACAGUAGCACGCCGACCGCCAACAACAGCCCAAACCCCGCCUCCAGCCGGAAAACGGCCACCUUCAAGGCCCGUGUUCCCAAGAAGAAGUACACCUCUGAACACUGUUUGUCUACGACUGCUAGUAACCAUAGCAACACUGCCUCCAGCACGCCUCCUCUUCUUCCUCUGAGCGGCGGCGUCCUGAACCACGGGUCCACGAGUUCAGGAAGUGACGUCAUCAUCGCGCACCACGAUGGCGUCGUUCACAGCAGGAGCCUGCUGGAGGACUUCCACAGCAGGACGACGGGAAGGGAGGGGUCUCUGGACGGCUCCCCGGGACCCCCCACUCUGACGCUGGGAGUGGAGAGGCCUACAGGAGGUGAAGGACUGAGAGAGGCGGAGCGGGUGUCGCCCCCCCUGCCGCGCUGCUCCUCCACAGACACCGCCAGCGAGCACUCGGCCGACCUUGAGGUGGCCGGCGACUCACACGCCCUCGCACAGAUGUCUGCACACGCAGCCUCCAGCCUCCCGGACGCUCUGUCAGACGCUCUGGCCAAAGGGCUGAAGAAUCAACGUGUCCUCGCUCGUCAGCUGCGGAGAAGAAGUGACGAGGAGGGAGGAGAGGAAAGGAGUUACGACGGGGGGAGUUCGGAGCUGGUGUUCCGGGCCGGGGUGGUCCGUAAGGUCAGUGGUGAAUUUGGGAGCCUGGAGGUGCAACUGAACGGGGAGAAGAUGAUGUGUCGGUAUCCCUAUCGGCAUGACAGCCCCCCAGGGGUGGUGGACAUUAUCCAAGAUGCCCCCCCGCCUGGUGUCCAUCCAAUUCCUAUCGGUACCCGCGUGUGCGUACCGUUUGGCAACGAGGAGGGCAGCGUCGGUCACUGGCAGUUGUACCGGGAAGGUGUGGUGACUCAGAUCGACACGCACCCUGCAGUGGCCAACCGGUACCGAGUCCUGCUGUCUGAGGGAAAACCUCACUCUGCGGAGGAGGAGGAGGACGGCAGAGCGGCAGCUGCUGCUACCCAGGCAGUGUGGGUCUCCCGGCUAACACUCCGUCUUCUGGUGCCGCCUUGGGACCUGGAUCUGCCAUCUGUAGGAGGACGAGAGGAAGAAGACAGGGUCAGAGAAAAGGACAGGGAGCGGGAGGACAGGGAGGAGGUGGACGUGGAGCAGGAAGUGUGCCGCCUGAGCCGAGGGAUGGCCCCAGGAGGGGGGCCAGUGCUGGGGAGAGGGAUUCCCUACCCGGGCAUGGUCCCUGUCUCAUCCACAUCAGGCCACGGUAUUGCCUCCCCAGUUACUCCAGCGUCAGUCCUCAGCCUGGCUCCUGGUCGAGAGUGGGAGAUUGAGAAUGACUUGGAGAGGGAGCGGGACCUCCAGAGAGCCCAUGAACGAGAGAUGGAGCGAGAGCGAGAGAGGGAGAAUCUAAAGCAGCAGCAGCACCAACAGCAGCAACAUCACCCAUACAUGCCACUGACCCCUGAAGAAGACAUGGAGGUGUCCCACUUCAACAUGGUCCCAAUGGGGGCCAUCAUAUCCGGGGCCAAAACGAUGGCGAUUCCCCAACACCGCCAUAUUGUUUCCAAGCCCCCGCCUGGCUACCUCAACCCCCACCUGUCUGUGGUGCGCGGCAUCGGGAUCCCCUCCGCCCACCUAGCCUUGAACCCCCACCCUACUCCUUCACCUAUCCUGUUAGGCCUUGAUCCAGCAGGAGCAGGAGCUAUCAUCACCACCCCCCAGCUCCCUCCUCUUCCUCCCAUCUCCUCUUCCACUGCAUCCUCCUCCAGAGGAGAGAAAGCCUCAGGAGGAGGCUCCAACAGUGGAGCAGCAGGUGGUGGAUCUGGAUCAGGUUCGACUUCCUCCUCCUCUUCACGGUCCCGCACCCCACUAACAGCCGCCCAGCAGAAGUACAAGAAGGGAGAUGUGGUGUGCACGCCAACAGGCAUCCGUAAGAAGUUCAAUGGGAAGCAGUGGAGGAGACUGUGCUCUCGGGAGGGCUGCUCCAAAGAGUCUCAGCGCAGAGGGUACUGCUCCAGACACCUGUCCAUGAGGACCAAGGAGAUGGAGGCCAGUGGAGGUGGCCGGGAGAGGGGUGGAGCCAGCAGCACCGGGACUCUGACGCCAUCCGACCUCCGUCUUGGUGGUGGGAGAGCCAGCUCAGAGUUCGACUGGGACGAGACAUCACGGGAGAGCAGUGAGGCCAGCAGCCGCGGAGGAGACUCACGUCCCCGACUCGUCCUUCCUUCUCUGCUUCCUCAGGACCUCUCUCGUUUCGACUUCGACGAGUGUGAGGCAGCGAGCAUGCUGGUCUCCCUCGGGAGCUCCCGCUCAGGCACUCCCUCCUUCUCUCCCAUCUCCAACCAGUCGCCCUUCUCCCCUACCCCGUCGCCCUCACCCUCUCCGCUCUUCGGCUUUCGUCCUGCCAAUUUCAGCCCCAUCACCGCCCCUUCCUCACUCACCCCACGCCGCCAUCGCCAGCUCAGCGGCACCAAGAUGGGCACGCCGGGUGCCGAGCGAGAGCGCCACCUGUCGGGGAUCGUGCCCACGUUUCAGACCAACCUCACCUUCACAGUCCCCAUGAGCCCCAGCAAAAGAAAGCUCGACAGUCACCCGCCCCCUCCGCUGCCGACAGUCCAAGACUACCAGACCAAACCGGAGCACCAUCAGCUGGUGGGGAUCGCCGGAGGAAUGGUGGAGCCGCUGCUGGGCCUCAGCCCGGCCGCCUUCAGGGUCCUCUCCCCACUGAGUCAGCCCACAACCCCCUCCUCACUCUCCUUCCCCCGGUCCCGCAGCGCCACCAGCAGACCCCCAUCCUCCGCCGCCUCCACCCCUCCGCCCAUGCUGGUCUCGCCCACCCCUCCCUCCCCACUGCCCCAGGAGCCGUCACCACGCCGCAUCGUUCCCCUUCGUGAUUCCCCGGUCAUCGUCCGCAACCCCGACGUCCCCUUGGCCAAGUUCUCCGACGGCCCGUUAGGAAGGAGAGAGAGAAGCACGUCAAGGGAGCACAGCCAGCCCCAACACACCGGCCCCCCCGGCCUGCAGGCGCCGGUUCCCAUCAACGGGGCCACCACCAACGGGGCGGUUCUCCUGCGCAGCCCCACACUCGUCCUGGUCACCUCCAGCUCGUCCCUGACUCCCGCCACAGUCGGCCACACGUCCCUCUCCAGCCCCUCCACCCCCGGUUCAAUGUCCACCUCACUGGGCUCGGUCCUGUCCUCCUCCGGCUCUGGAGGCAGGGAGAGGGAGAGGAAACCCGAGGGACACCAGGACCCCUCCGGGGGGCCGAUGCCACAGCCGGUGGCCUGUCACCCCACGCCCACCGCCCUGCUGCCACUCAUACUGCCGGCCGAGUCGCCUCACCCGGCUCCACGCAAGCAGAUCAUCAUGGGACGCCCGGGGACCGUCUGGACCAACGUGGAGCCUCGGUCGGUGCCAGUGUUCCCCUGGCAUUCGCUCGUCCCUUUCCUGGAGCCCAGCCAAUCAGGAGCGGCCGCCCAGCCCGCCGACGGCCAGCAGCUUGUCAAUCAGAGCAAAGAGCCUCGUUGUGCCGUCGCCCUGGUGAGUGACGGACGGGCCGGCCCCCCGGUCCUGGAGAGGGGAUCUCCGUCACGCCCUCCGCCGACCAAUGACAAUCCUCCUACAGAGAGAGGCGGGGCUGACAGCGAGACGGAGAGUGACACCGAUGACCCGUUCUCCCCGGGUGUGGCCAACGAUGCAGCGCCCUCCUCUGGCCCCAUGAAGAGACGCACGCAGUCCCUCAGCGCCCUGCCCAAGGACGCAGACAGGAAGAGGGAGAAGGACCACAUCCGCCGCCCCAUGAACGCCUUCAUGAUCUUCAGUAAACGCCACCGGGCCCUGGUGCACCAGCGACAUCCCAACCAGGACAACCGGACGGUCAGCAAGAUCCUGGGGGAGUGGUGGUACGCGCUGGGGCCCAAUGAGAAGCAGCAGUACCACGACCUGGCCUUCCAGGUGAAGGAGGCGCACUUCAGAGCUCAUCCGGACUGGAAGUGGUGCAACAAGGACCGCAGGAAGUCCCUGUCCGAGGGCCGCGGCGCGCCCAAGGAGCCGCGGGAGAGAAGCAUGUCUGAGAGCUUAGAUCCGCUCUCCGAGUCCCAGGCGGUGGAGGGGAAGGGAGUCGGCCCGGGCUGGCCGGGGGGGUCGGAGCGUCGAGGGGGGCUGUUCACGGGGCAACCCCCCCGUCCCAGGGCCUUUUCCCAGAGCGCCGUGCACACCCUGGAGCAGAGCGAGGGAGACCUGGAGAAGGAGGACGGAGCGAGUUUGUUUCACGGCCGACGCCCACCUGCGUCCCUGUACCACAGCAGAGUCAGCGAGGACAUGACCAGCGAUGAAGAGCGCAUGGUCAUCUGCGAGGAAGAGGGGGACGAUGAUGUCAUGGAGGAUUCAUGCGCCGAAGGCUCCAUCGACCUGAAGUGUAAAGAGAGAGUCACAGACAGUGAUGAAGACGAGCCGGACGGACAGCAUGGCUUCCAGCCAGUGUCCCGCUCCUCUCCCCCCUCCUCCUCUCCCUCCAUCCCCCCAACCGACUCCACCUCCUCCAAAGGGGGCGGAGCAGGAGGCGCUGACGACGGGUCUGACAGGAAGCGAAAGAGAGGCACAGACGGAGGAGAGGAGGGGAGCGAGGGAGGAACCAAGAGAGAGGAAACAGCAGCCGGUGAAGGAGGAGGAGCUUCCUCUCUGUCCAUCAGCACCCACCCCCCCGUCACUGCGGCCCAGCAGGGGGGGGCCCAGGUCUUCGGGACCGUGCGCAUUGCUCCCCCGGUGGUGACCAACGUGGUACGACCCAUCGCCAGCACGCCAGUGGAAGGAGCCAUCUCCCUCAGCGCCCUCCCCCAAGACAAGAAAGCCACUCCCCUUAUCGGAGGAGGCGGAGCUCAGCAGCUGCCAAUCACCGCAGGGGGUGGGUACCUGUCCUCCUCCCCCCCUCCCGGUCCCGUCAGUAACACGCCUGUAGGGGGCAGCGGCCUGGUCACUAGCAUAGUUCUGGGCGGGUCGUUUCCUGCCGCCCACCCAGUGCAGGUCGUCACCCCACACCCCCCACAGACCCCCCUCCCUGUCCUCCAGCCCCAGGUCCAGUUCCUCCUGCCCACCGAGAACUCUUCCCCCCCUCAACUCACCCAGCAGCAGAUCCUCUCCCUGUCCACCAACGGCGCCCUGGCCAAUGGCGUGCACUCAGGGGGAGGAGUCAGAGUCGGCCCCGGGAUCAGAGUCCAAACUCAGUCACCGGGCCUGCAGAGCAAGAUGUUGGUUCCCAUGGAAACAGUGAGAAGAGGGUCUACUCCUCCUCAUCCUCCCACCGUCUCCCUGGUGGCUCCGCCUCUUCCUGUGCAGAACGGCUCCGCGACAGGAAACAAGAUCAUCCAGAUUGCUCCCAUGCCGGUGGUCCAGACCAGCGUUCACCCCAGUGGUGCAGCAGCAGUGCAUCCUGGGAACAACUUUCCUGUAACCAUGGCAUCGGUGGUGGCUCCUGGAGCGGCGUCCCCACAGACCGUCCUCCUGACCUCCCCCCCCACCAGGAUCACGUAUGUCCAGUCUGGACCAGGAGUCACCACGGCGACGCCCCAACAGGCCACGCCCUCUCCAGGCCCUGCGUACCUGCCGUCACCUUUAGCGACUCUGGGCUUCGCCGCCAUCGCACCCGGCAGCCAAACCCUGGUUCAGCCAAUCGUUGGUCAGCCGCCUCUGCUGGCUCCGGCCCCGCCCCUGACCUGUCAGCCACAGAUCCCCCCCGGCCCGACCACGCCAGCCGCUGGUCGUCAGGUUCUCACUGCCAUCUACCCUGCACCCACCGUCGCCCUGGCCGCCGGCGUGGUCUCUGUGACCGCCGUGCUGCCGACACUGGGAGCGUCCGCGGCACAGGAGGUCACAAGCCCCGCCUCACCAUCGGCAACAGGGGCGUCGACUACCCCUCAGCCAAGCGUGGGAGUGGAGGUGGAGCUGAAGGUGGAGGUGAAGAGGGAGAGUCCUCUGGAUCCUCAGAUGGAGGAGGGGGGGCAGGCGAUGUCAGUGGCCUCCUGUAUGAGCCGUGAAGUAACAGUGAAAAAAGAGGAGGACAUCGAAGGUCUCUACAUCAAAGAAGAAAUAGUGAGAGACGACAGACGAGGCGAGGCGGAGGAGGAGGAGCACGAGAGAGGGAUGAAGGAGAGCGGUGAGAAGAGGAGAGGCCAUGAGACAGACAGGGAGGACCACAGCCUGGGCAGCAGCAGCAAAGAGGUUGGGCCUCGUACUCCUCCUCCACUUCCCUUAGGUCUGGACCCCCCUCCCCCUCCAGCUGCAGAACGAGACCCCCCCUCCUCCUCCAAGAAGACCAAGUUCCGACCCCCGCCGCUCAAGAAGACACCCGACUCUCUGGAGAAGGUCCUGUCGGAGACGUACUUCGAGGAGCGAUUCGCUGAACUUCCAGAGUUUAAUCCCGAGGAGGUUCUUCCCUCGCCCACCCUGCAGAGCCUGGCCACCUCGCCCAGAGCCAUCCUGGGGAGCUACCGCAGGAAGAGACGCAACUCCACCGAUCUGGAGCCGGCAGCAGAGGAACCCUGCUCGCCGCGGAGGAAGACUCGCCGUCUGUCCAGCUGCAGCUCGGAGCCCAACACGCCGAAGAGCGCCGCCAAGUGUGAGGGAGAGAUCUUCACCUUCGACAGAGCAGGCACGGAGGGAGAGGAUCUUCUUGGAGACUUUGAGCGGGUUCCCUACUCGUCUCUGCGCAGGACUCUGGAUCAGCGGCGAGCUCUGGUCAUGCAGCUGUUUAAGGAACAUGGCUUCUUUCCAUCAGCUCAGGCCACCGCUGCCUUCCAGGCGCGCUACUCCGACACGUUCCCCACCAAGGUGUGUCUGCAGCUGAAGAUCCGCGAGGUGCGUCAGAAGAUCAUGCAGACGGCCACGCCCGGGUCCUUCGAGCUCGGGGGGGCGGCCGACGUCUACCCGCCCGUCCCGUCCCACAGCUCCUCUUUCAAUCAAUCAGCCCGGGAGGAGGGAGGGGCGGAGCAGCAGGGAGACCGGAGCCGGAGCCCCGAGGAGCCGAAAAGCGAAGGAUCAUAAGCUGGAGAGAGGAUGACAAAGAGGAAAAAUCAAGGAGGAGAAGAAGAGAGAGAGAGAGAGAGAGAAGUGUGUCAUCCCCACAGAAUGUUGUUGGAAGUGUUGAACCAGUACUAAGGAGGACUCCAGCAGGACCUGUUCUACUGGCACUAAGCUCCACCAGACCUGGGCAGAUUGAAUAUGGACUCAAAGAUUCAAACUCCUCAAGGUGCGCUUGAUUCAUCAGACAAAACAAGCCUCAAGAAAACGGACGAGUCGACUUCUGCUCGUUGAGAGUUUUUCCCCCGAAGUAUCCAGAGUAUUUUCACUCAACACUUUGCCCAGGUCUGAUCUCUGCACAUUUGUACAGUAGUUUGACACAAACUCUGUGGUACACACUCUCUAUCUCUCUGGCACACACAAACCCUGAUAAUCUCCAGCAUACACACACACACACACACACACACACACAUCCUUACCAAAUCAGACUGUUACUCUUGGUCAGCGAUCCCCAGGAGCCGCCACCAAGGACCAUGACACACAAAGGCACUUUGUCAUUUCUCGUGCAGAUGCAGUUUGCUGCUGCCAGCCAGCCAGCCAGCCCUCAGAUGCCAUUGACUCCUCCUCCUUCUCGCCCGUCCACUCCUCAGCACAGUGGUCGGGACGCAAACACAACCCCAACGACCUCCACUGGGAUUCCACAGCCCCUCGAUGCUGCAGGACAGACAGCGCACACGUACACACACACCACACACACACACACACACACACACACACACACACGGACACAUCUGUGCAGCGUAAGCACUCGUACACAGACGUAGUCAACCCUGGUCUGACCAAGCCAUCGGCCUGCACAGUUUUUAGUGAUUGUAGUGAGAAGAGAAACUGAAAGCAUGACAUCUGUCCGCUCCUGUAAAACAACGAGAAGGCAGGAGCCGGGAUGACGUGUGACCAAUCUUUGCACCUUCAGUUAUUGCCAUUUUGAAAAGACUGAGUCCUCAUUGGCGGGAGCUGAUUAUUAUAUGUCUGUAUAUCUGUUGGGGGUCCCCUCCCCCCAAAAAACCAUAAAGAGAUUAUGUAAAGAGACUAUUGGUUGUGAGGCUUUGAAGAUUCAACGUUAAGUUCGACACUGACGGCUCCGGACCGAGCGCCGAGGAAACGCAGAAGAAGAAGAAGACGACUGGAUGACGUUCAUUGGACGAAAGAUUCCAGCAAGAGGACGACAGAUACUAGUAAUAAUCGUGAAUAAGGACAACAACAACAACAACAACAACAAGACAAGCGUACCAACAGAGAGAACAAGAAGAAUUUUAACCAAACUUCUCUGAAUCUCCCAGUGGAUAAUAUGAUGUUGCUUUCUCUCGUUAUUGUUGCCGUGGAAAUAACCCGUUUUACCGUGGCCUGUUUUUCUCUCGUGGCUCUCUCGUGUUUCUUCUCCAGCAUAAAAGACAAAUCGUACAAAAAAAAGAAACUCUGGACAAAGAAGGGGACAGAAUCAGUGUGUUGGCCCCUCGACUUUUAAUCGUACCUGGGGUGGUUCUCCCCCCCCUCCCCUCCCUCCCCCUCGCCCGGCCCCACGAUUUCUCACCAGACAUAGAAGUGGGUGAGGGGGGGGGCAGGGGGGGCGUUUGUCGUUUUGUAAAACGUUGAAAUCAGGUGUUUGCACAAUUUGUGCGGCCCUUCUCGUCUGGGACCGCCGUAAGUUAAAUCAGGAAAGUAUUGUUUUUAGAGAUUGUUUUAGUAGAAAAAAAAAUAAUAACCUUGUUCCGUAUGUUAUCAACAUCCCUCUGACCCCCCCCCCACUCCCUCCUCCCCCCCCUCAAGUGUUGGUAGAAAGUGCCCUUAAGCACUGGUCCCGGGUCAAGCGCUAUGUAGCUCAGGAUGGUUCUGGUUAGGGUUAGUUCAGGGAAAGCAGAUCCUAGACCAGCCCUGGAGGGCAGUCUCUGGAGCCCUCCCCCUCCUCCCCCCUCUUCUCGACACUUUAUCCUUUCCCAUCAAAUGGUGCAAUAGGACAUUUUAUUUUUUUCUUGGAAAUGGGUGGGUUACUCUGUUUGUUUGUUUUUUUUUUGGGGGGGGGGGGGGGGAGGCUCUGUGCCAUAGAUAUUAAAUCCAGUGCAGUCAGUCAGUGAGAGGAAUGAGCUGUUGUGAUACUAUCUUUAACUAUGGUAUAAAAGAAAAACAAAAAAGAAUCACACGAUUAUUGUUAUUGUUGAAGAGAUAGAGAGUAUAACUUACUAAAAGUCAAAGACAAUUUUUGAAUAGCACUUUUUGGCUCUUUGCUUCCUCAGUGAAGAGUGGGGGUAGUUAUUAUUAUGGGUAUCUCUUUCAUUUCUCUGUAUACAGUUGGAUGUGUGAAAAAAAUAUAUAUACCGGUAUUUCUAUAAAUGUGCAUUUAGGUCUGUGUUUGGGUGUGUGUGUAUGUUUUGGCACAUGCAGGUAGCGUGUUAACACAAUCAACCUUUUUUCGUUCACCACACAGCAACAUUAUCAAUAGUAUAUUUUUCAUUGUAUUCUACAUUCUAUAUUCUACUCUAGAGACAGUAUUUUUAUAGUCACCACGACUAUUUUGUCCGUCAUCUUGACUGUUAUCAAACCCAGUUGAUUCAGGAUAUAUAUGAAAUAUAUAUUCAGGAUAGAAAAUAUAUAAAUAUAUAUAUAUAUAUAAACAAAAUACAGGUAAUAGAAGACUAUCAACUCACAUCUCUUAGGAGUUAGGGCUGUAAAGUGUCCAUCUGCAUGCAUGUGCAAUUACAUGCACGCGCGCACGCACCCACACAGACAUAUGUGCAUACACACACAUGUAUGCGUGUACAAUGUAUGAUUGUGCUUAAAAAUAAACUGUCCUUACUUUGGAGAAGGAAUUUUAGGAUGAGCGAGGUGAGUGUUAUCUCAUAAGCAGGCAUGUUGACCAUGUGCAAUAUUUCUAAACAACAAAAAAAAACUAAAUAUUGAAAAUAUUAAAGAUCUAACACAA